CUAAGCUUGCAGCCACUGUUGUCUCCAAAGAUAUGACGACCUAUUUAGGGAAUUUACAAUUUGGUGUAGGGAUAUCCUGUGGAGGGGAAGGGAUAAUCCACUCAGCUAAUAGGCUGUUGGAGAUGAAGGGACAUGAUAACUUCAUGACAAUGUUGCUCGUAGAUUUUUCUAAUGCAUUUAAUUUAGUUGAUAGAUCAACGCUUAUUAGAGAAGGUAGACAUCGUUGUCCGAGUAUUGCCAGUUGGAUUGAGUUUUGUUAUUCUAGUCCGGCUAGACUCUAUUAUAACGAUGUUGUUCUUUCAUCUGCCCAAGAAGUUCAACAGGGUGACCCACUGGGUCCGCUGUUAUUUGCCCUAGCCUUGCACCCAAUUGCAGAGAAUAUUACCACACAGUGCUCAUUAGAUCUCCAUGCUUGGUACUUAGACGAUGGUACUAUCGUAGGCGACACUAUGGAGGUAUCUAAGGCUCUUAAAAUCAUUCAGACAAAUGGUCCUGCUCGAGGUUUACAUGUGAACGUUACCAAGACUGAAGUUUUUUGGCCCUCAUUGGAUCUCAGAAGAGACCUUGAAGAUGUAUUCCCUGUCAAUAUAGGUAAAUCCUCACGUGGUGUGAAGCUAUUAGGGGGACCUGUCAGUCUUGAUAUGCAGUAUUGUAGUGAGGUUGUUCAGGGAAGAGUUGAUAAAACUUUGCACCUUUGGGAGAAAGUUCAGAAGCUGUAUGACCCUCAAAGUGAGUUGUUACUCUUGCGCAGUUGCAGUGGUGUUUCCAAGCUUUACUUUACGCUUCAAACCACCGCCCCCUUGGAUAUACAGUCUUCUGCUAUUCACUAUGAUUCACAACUCAUGUUAUACUUGCGUCAACUUGUAGUGGGGGAUAGUGCUGGUUUUGGCUUGCUUCAACGACGUCUAGCCACACUGCCAAUAAAAGAUGGAGGUUUUGGAAUAUAUACUUUGAAUGACACAUGUCAGUACUGUUUCCUAGCCUCUUGUGCCCAGAACCAGCAUCUACAACAAUCUAUCUUGAAACAGUCAUCAGUCCUAGACCCUAGCUUCAGAUUUAAACAUGCUUUGCAGUCUUUUACCCAAGUUUGUGGUCUAUCUGUCUCCGGUUUCAGCAUCAAUGACGCUGCCCCUCAAUACAUGAAGACCCUGGCAGUCAUCUACUUUGGUGCCGUUAAAGAGAGGAUACCAACCAACUUUUCUCUUACAGACCGGGAUCUGACCUUAUGGCAUUGCAACCGCACUCCUCAUGCAAUGGACUUUCUAAAAGCCAUUCCUAUACAUGGGAUAAAUCAAGCUAUUGCUCCUAGACAGUUUCGAUAAGUUCUAAUUUCACUGUGCUGGGGAGGUGGGGCAAAAAUAUAUACACGAUCUGGUGAAGGAUGUCUUGGCAGACAUGUGUUACAAAGCUGGAGUUGUUGCAAGGAAGGAAAUUUCGUUAGGUUUCUCCUCCAAUAAUGCAAAUUCUCUUCGGCACGCUGAUAUUCUCGUCUCCAAUUGGGAAGAUGGGAAGGAUGUUUGUAUGGACGUUAUUCGGGUUUCCCCUUUACAAGUGCUAGAACUCGUAAUUUCACACUCGCAAUUUCACACCUGGUCAUGCUAUUUCUGUGACAGUCACUCGUAAACGUAAUAAAUAUCUUGAGACGUGUACAACUCAGGGUUAUGACUUUGUUGUUUUAGCCUUUUCUACUUUGGGUGAGCUAGGUAGUGAGAUGAUUUCUUUCUUGCAAAGGCUGAGAAAUUGCCUUGUGAGCCAUGAUGCAAAUCAUAAGAUAGGCGAUUCUCUCUUCUUUAGACUAGGUGUUGUGGUUCAGAAAGGCAUAGGAGCCCAGCUUGUUGCUCGGCUACCUGCACCUAAUGUAUGAUUUUUGUUUUGAAUAAAUAAAUGUUAUCAUUAAUAUAAUAUCUUUUU